AUGGCUUCUGAGGUUCAACAUGUGAUUGAGGAACAGAUAGACAAAAUGGGGAUGUAUUCAAUGGUCAUCGAUGAGUGCAAAGAUCAUGUGGGGCAUGAAGAGCUAUCGACUUGUUUUAGGUUUGUAAAUGACGAAGGACGAUAUUAUGAUCUUGUUAAACUUAAAGAGACUGAUGCCGAAACCAUUUUGAAUGAAGGAGUUUUGCCAACAAGUAAAAAACUGAGCUUGUUCGCCACUCUGCUUGCACUUUGGAGCAGAUGGCACAUCUGUUAUGAGCGGAUGUUACGAAGGUCUUGCUGCUAA